CCAACACACACUAUACAAAUGUUGAUGUCUCAGUAAAAAGAUACUCCACCCGCGUCAUUGCUAGAAAAUGGCAGCCAGCCCAAUUUUUUUUCAAAUCUGACAGUCAGCUCCCAGAAUCCUUCGCGCAUUUGUAACGAAUUUCGGUUCGAGUUUGGAUUUUGGGCGCCAUUUUCGAGUGGAGCAGUCGAGUUGUAAGCAAGGGAUCUAUAUGGCCCCUUGUGAAAAUUGUUAUUAAUUCGGGAAAAAUCUAUUGUAUCUCAUCUGAAAAAUCUCUAAAAAUCAGCAAAAAAAUCAAGGACCAUCCUCUCACAAGUAGGAACCGACCAAGACAUUUCCAGCUUAUCAUGCCAGUCAAGAAGACUAAAACGUCUACAGCAGUGGCAAGGGAUGCAGCCGAGAAGUCAUUAGAUGAAAGGGAUGCUGCCAUGCCUGUCCCAGAGAAAGCUGCAACAGAAGCUCCUGCAGAGGGAGAAGCCCCUUCACAAGAAGUUCGUAAUGAGGUUGUUGAUAACAGAAGUUUAGAAGAAAUUUUGAGUAGCAUCCCUCCUCCCCCACCUCCAGCAAUGACCAAUGAAGCUGGAGCUCCUCGUCUUAUGAUAACUCAUAUUGUAAACCAGAACUUCAAAUCGUAUGCUGGGGAACGAAUUCUGGGGCCUUUUCAUAAGCGCUUUUCUUGCAUUAUUGGUCCCAAUGGCAGUGGGAAAUCCAAUGUGAUUGAUUCAAUGCUUUUUGUUUUUGGAUACCGAGCACAAAAAAUAAGAUCAAAAAAAUUGUCAGUAUUGAUUCAUAAUUCUGAUGAGCACAAAGAUGUUCAGAGUUGUACAGUUGAGGUUCAUUUUCAGAAGAUUAUAGAUAAGGAAGGGGAUGAUUUUGACGUGAUUCCAAACAGCCAAUUUUAUGUAUCCAGAACAGCUUAUAAAGAUAAUUCAUCAGUCUACCACAUCAGUGGUAAGAAAAAAUCAUUUAAGGAUGUUGGAAUUUUACUCAGAAGCCAUGGAAUUGAUUUGGAUCAUAACAGAUUUCUAAUUUUGCAGGGGGAGGUUGAGCAGAUUGCAAUGAUGAAACCAAAGGGUCAAACUGAACAUGAUGAGGGGAUGCUCGAAUACUUAGAGGACAUAAUUGGAUCAGAAAGAUUGAAGGAGCCCAUACAAAUUCUGUGUCGCAGAGUUGAACUACUAAAUGAGCAAAGAGGAGAAAAGCUUAAUAGAGUCAAAAUGGUGGAGAAGGAAAAGGAUGCACUUGAAGGGGAGAAAAACAAGGCAAUUGAAUUUUUAACAGUGGAAAAUGAAACUUUUAAGAAGAAGAAUCAGAUCUGUCAAUUUUAUAUACAUGACCUGCAGAAGCGUAUGCAUGAUAUGGAAGCACAGAAAGCCAAAAUUCAGGAAGAUACCAAAGAAAUUAAUGAAAAGAGUAGCAUGCUUUCUAAUGACAUGAAAGUGAAGAACACUGCUCUAAAAGAUGUUGAAAAGCAACUAAAUAAAAUUACUAAAUUUAUUGAAGAAAAUAGGGAGAAAUUCACUCAGCUUGACUUGCAAGAUGUUGAUGUUAGAGAGAAAUUGAAGCAUUCAAAAAGUAAAGUUAAGAAGCUUCAGAAACAACUUCAGAAGGAUCAAGAAAAGGUUGAAGAAAUAAAAAGUGUGCCUGCUAGCAGCCAGAAGAUUAUUUCUGAUGCAACUAAUAAAAAAGAGAUAUUGGAAAAGCAAAAAGACAAAGAGGAAGAAAAGCUGAGAGAGGUUAUGGAUAGUUUAAAGAAGGAGACACAAGGUUUGCAAGCGGAGAAAGAGGAAAAAGAGAGAGAAUUAAUGGAGUUUAACAAAACUGUAAAUGAAGCACGCUCAAAGAUGGAUGUUGCUCAGUCAGAGUUGGACAUUUACUUAAGUCGCUACAAUAAUGCGUUAUCUCAACUGAACAAAGCUAAAGAGGCAUUAACUACUGCUUCAGCAACUCUUAAAGAAAGAAAAUCUGCUAUCCAGGAGUUGGAGACAAAACUGCCAAAGGCAGAGGAGGAACUUAAAAAGAUACAGAAAGACAACACACCAGUAGAGGAUACACCUCACCAGGAGUACAGGGCACACAGGGACAGUGUGAUAUACACUCUACUCAGAGACAUAUUUUUUAGGGUUUACCACACGCUCACGAGGGGGAGGAACACCAGACCCCACAUUAGGCGGGCGGGGUCCCAGUCACAGACCCCCCAGGAGAGGUCGGCAGAGGAUGCAGUAAUAAAUUUUAGUUCACAUGUUCUCUCGGCCAGUGAACAUAAACUUUUAAACAGAGGCUUGUCCUUUAUGCCCAGUACGACUGUUUCAGAAUAUGAACAAAGACUGGAUGUUCACAGACUGAAUAGAACGCUUAAACUCAGGGAAUUUUUUCAAAAUGUAAACACUAAUUGCCCUAAAUCUCCUGUCGAACUCAAUUGUAAAAUUCAAAGUUCUUUUGAACCCACUAAUUGUAGUCCUAGCACCAAAACUUUUAUAAGAUUGGUGACUCAGGACUUGGAUAAUGAGAGAACUCACACACAGUGGAAAAACAAUUUGACACAUGAGGAGAGGAAAGCCAUUACAACUUUGCAAGUUGAUGACUCUAUAAUAGUCAGGCCUGCAGACAAGGGCGGGACCAUUGUCCUCCUUAACGAUUCUGAUUAUAGGGAGGAUAUUAUGGAACAACUCUCAGACUUGUCCACAUAUACUCCGUUAACAUCAGACCCAACAUUUGAAUACAAACGACAAUUAGAUGCCCUUAUCAAGAUGGGUUUUGAGCAGGGAUUUAUUACAGAUCACAUCAAAAAGAUUUGCACCAUCCUGCACCCUAGGAUCCCAAUCAUGUACACCAUUCCUAAGAUCCACAAAAGGUUAGAGAAACCCCCAGGACGUCCCAUAGUUUCCGCUGUCCAGUCUCUUUUACAACCGGUGGCACAGUACAUCUAUUUUCUACUACAACCGGUUGUUAGAGACAUGCAAUCUUUCAUUUUGGACACCAACGAUCUUAUCAGACAAUUGGGUUCUGUCAGUGUUCAACAGGGUGACAUUCUUGUCACCCUGGAUGUGAACAGUUUAUACACCAUCAUACCGCACCAAGUGGGUCUAUUGGCGAUCAGGGAACAUCUCACCAAUAAUCCACAUUAUGAGGGUCCUCCUGUGGAUUUUGUAUUAUCUUUGAUAGAAUUUUGCCUUCACAAAAACUAUUUUCGCUUUGAAGGUACAAUGACUGGUGGUGGUGGUAAAGUAAUGAAAGGAAGAAUGGGAUCUUCAGUCAUGAUGGAAAUAUCAGAAGAUCAGUUACAAAAGAUGGAGUCCAAACUUAAAACCGACUCGGAUAAAGCCACAGCGAUUCAGGAUCGUAAAGUUCAGCUUGAAGAAGAGGUAUCUAAAUUGCGUCUAACCACACGGGAGAUGAGAAAUACCUUUGAGAAGUACACCGCAAGUUUGCAGAGCCUUUCUGAACAAGAAAUACACCUAAAAGCACAAGUCAAAGAACUAGAAGCUAAUGUUGCUGCUACCACUCCAGAUAGAAAUCAACAAAAGCAAAUGGAAAAGACACUUGAAACAUUCAAAAAAGAAUAUGAAAAAAUUGCAGAGAAAUCUGGAAAAGUUGAAGCAGAAGUAAAGAGACUGCACAACCUCAUAGUUGACAUUAACAAUCACAAAUUGAAGUCUCAACAAGACAAACUAGAUAAAAUCAACAAGGAGAUUGAUGAAUGUGCAUCUGCUAUAACAAAAGCUCAAGUAUCAAUCAAGACAGCAGACAGGGAAAAGAACAAGCAGAAAAAUGUUGGCACUUCAGCCGUUAAAUGCUGCUUGAACAGGGGUUCUCUUCCAGAAAUCCAAGAACAGCAUCGUGGCUUGCUCCAAGAAAUCAAAUCAAUUCAAGAUAAAGAACAUGCCCUUCAAAAGGAUGCACUAAAUAUAAGACUUAAAAUUGAGCAGAUAGACAGUCAUAUAUCUGAGCACCAGUCAAAAAUAAAAUAUUGGCAAAAAGAGAUAUCAAAAAUAACCCUUCAUAAAAUAGAGGAUAUGCCAGAGGAGGCUCUUCCUGUAUUAACACAAGAGGAACUAGAAUCUAUAAAGGACCCAGAUAUAAUAAAUAAUCAGAUUGCACUUUUAGAAGCCAGAAGUCUUGAAAUGAAACCAAACCUUGGUGCCAUUGCAGAGUAUAAAAAGAAGGAGGAACUGUACUUACAGAGGGUGGCGGAACUUGAUGAAAUUACAAAUGAAAGGGACAACUUUAGAAGAGCUUAUGAAGAUCUUCGUAAACAAAGGCUUAAUGAGUUUAUGGCUGGUUUUAAUGUCAUAACAAAUAAACUUAAAGAGAAUUACCAGAUGUUGACACUGGGAGGAGAUGCUGAGCUUGAGCUUGUUGACAGCCUGGACCCAUUUUCAGAAGGCAUUAUGUUUAGUGUCAGGCCGCCGAAGAAAAGCUGGAAGAAAAUCUUUAAUCUUUCUGGCGGAGAAAAAACACUGAGCUCCUUAGCUUUGGUGUUUGCACUUCACCAUUAUAAGCCAACACCCCUUUACUUCAUGGAUGAAAUUGAUGCUGCUCUGGACUUCAAAAAUGUAUCUAUUGUUGCAUUCUAUAUUUAUGAACAAACAAAAAAUGCUCAGUUCAUCAUAAUUUCACUGCGUAAUAAUAUGUUUGAGAUUGCAGACAGACUUAUUGGAAUUUACAAGACUCACAAUACUACAAAAAGUGUUGCAACAAAUCCUAAAAUCAUUGCUUCAAAGGGGCUUGCUGAACUAAAUUCUGUUGGAUUCUCUUGAGUUAAAGUAAAUGCAGACAAGGACUGUGCUUUGUGCAAGACAACGAUACCUAAAUUACCUGUUUUCUUAAAUAAAUCUCAUGUGAAACUUACAAAUGUAAUUACUUUGUUCUUAGUCUUGUUCACCUAACUUUUAAAAUUUUUUGCAAAUGUGCAAUGCUGCUAUCAGAAUCUCUGUUCCAGUGGACUAUAACUUAACUUUUGUAUUUUUUGUAUUCUAGUUAUAAAAAAUGUAAAUAAAUCAAUCUCAUGUU